AUGGCGGAGGACGAGCCGAAGCCGACCCAGCUCGACAUGCCCCUGGUCCUGGACGAGGACCUGACCAAGCAGAUGCGGCUGCGCGUGGAGAGUCUGAAGCGGCGCGGGAGGAAGCGCCAGGAUGGCGAGAAGCUGCUGCAGCCGGCUGAGUCCGUGUACCGCGUCGACUUCAUCCAGCAGCAGAGGCUGCAGUUCGAGCGCUGGGACGUCGUGCUGGACAAGCCGGGCAAGGUCACCAUCACGGGCACCUCCCAGAUCUGGACGCCCGACCUCACCAACCUCAUGACGCGGCAGCUGCUGGACCCCGCUGCCAUCUUCUGGCGCAAGGAGGACUCGGAAGCCAUGGAUUGGAAUGAGGCCGACGCCCUGGAGUUUGGGGAGCGCCUGUCCGAGCUGGCCAAGAUCCGCAAGGUCAUGUACUUCCUCAUCACCUUCAGCGAGGGCGUCGAGCCUGCCAACCUCAAGGCCUCUGUGGUCUUUAGCCGGCUCUGA